AUGCUUUUCGGGAGCAAGAAAACGACUCAGAUACUCGACCUUUCCAGGAACAAGUUCUCCUUUGAUCUCUCUCAUUUGACCUUUCCCAAGAAAAGCUUGAUCUGGUUGGAUCUCAAUCACAACAAGAUUUAUGGGAGCAUUCCAGCGGCGUUAACCAAAGUUGAAAACUUGCAGCAUUUCAACGUGAGCCACAAUCCUCAGUUAAGUGGUCAAAUCCCGCAGGGUGGGGAAUUGCAAAGAUUCGAUCAAUAUGCGUAUUUUCACACUAAGCUCUGUGGCUCUCCACUUCUGCCCUGCACCAAAUAA